UAUUCAGUCUCUAUUCAGUCAUAGUUGAUUGUGAUACGUAAAAUUUUUAAUUGCUAUGUUAAAUAAUUGUAGAUUUGUAGCCUAAUCAUCCUUCCGGAUACAUUUAAAGCAUGUUCGGAGUACUAAAAACCUGCUGGCUUCGAGUGCUGCUUGCGCUUGCUUCAGCAAUUGCUGGGAGUUCUCUGCUUAUGUGGAAUGAGACUAAAGCUAUUGGCAGGGCGCUUUCUCUGGAAGAGGCCCUCAAUGGUGCGAUUACGGUGGACGACAACAUUCCCUAUGUGGAAGCUUACGAAGGAAAAGUAAUCCAUUUGAAGGGUUUGCUAGUCACCGGCGAACCGCUAACUGAACCGGACUAUAACAUUGAGGUCCAGGCUGUGAAACUACGCCGCCACGUUGAAAUGUAUCAAUGGAAAGAGGAAUAUGUCGAAAAUCACUUCGGUAAUUCAGAUCCUAAUUCCCAAUCGGACGAUCGUUCCUAUUAUUACACGCGCGACUGGUGGGAUGACUUGAUAGAUUCACGCAGCUUCUACAUUCGCAGCGGUCAUCAUAAUCCGACGACAUUUCCACUGGAAUCAAAAACGUAUGUGUCCGACCGAGUUCAUAUUGGUCAGUAUGAACUGGACGAUGCGCUUAAGGAACGAUUUAACAAUUUUGUUGGAGUCUCUUCCGAUACACGACCCAAAAAUUCUACUAUAAAGGUGCAUGGCGGGUUCUACUACCAUUGCCACGAUCUUUUGUAUCCAGCAGUCGGUGACAUCCGAGUAUGGUUUUCCUAUGCCGGAUUGGAAGAUUCAGCUUAUACUGUUGUUGGAAAAUUAGAAAACGGUAGAAUUACGUCAUAUAAGUCGUCUUAUUCGGAAAAUAUUUUACUGCUCUAUCCAGGAGAGAUAUCAUUGCACAACGUUUUCAAGCUGCAAAACCGGUCUGAACAAGUAACCGCCUGGGGUCACCGUUUGGUCGGUUGGAUUUUGUUAUAUUUCGCGACAUUUUUUGCAACUUCCGCUCUGCGACGCAUUUCCGGUCAAUCCAUCCCCAACGUUUCGGUUUCGACGUAUUUGGUGGUGUCGUUAUCUCAGGGCAUGAUGAUAAUUGCGUUAGUCUACACCGCAUAUCGUCCCAUGCUGAGUUUUGUACUCCUACUUGUCUCUUCCGUGCUGUUUUUUGGCUGGUUCAAAACCCAUCCAAUCAGCCACCAGAAUCUGAGGCGGGAUUGAGGUCUAACUUCAAACCAAAGUGAUAUUGUCGUCGGUGGAUUUUGUUUCAUCUAGUCUAAAAGCGCUUAUUCGGAGGAAAAGA